AUGCGCCAGAAAGUACCAUUUUCAUUUGAUGUUUCCACCACAGUACGGGUGGAGAUUGAACUUGCGGCAGACAACCCACGCGGGAUCGAACCAGCAAGACCUCGUCUCUUCUACGUUACCACUGAUGGCUCUGGUAACUCUAUCUACCGUAUUCCUCUGGCCUCUACCAUCAAUGACCUGCCCGUGGGAGAGGGAGUACUGCUCUUCGGUAGUCUGGGUACAGCCACGGCCAUCACACUCUUCACCAUCGCUCACGCUAUACUCUUCGGAGGAAGAACUGGCGGGGGACGCAGUCGUUUCUUCACCCUCACGGUUUCAGAGCUUCCUUUCCACAGCACGCGUGACUUGACCUCAAACCUCUCCCUCAGAAAGCGUGACCUGAGUUCCUUGUUGGCGGAGACACAGAGGGACCCAGAGAUGGAAGCCGACUUCGAGAGGAUCUUCGCCCAGGACAGUGACUGGUGUUCCCUCAGGCUGACCUGUGAGCUGGCUGCUAAGGCCGGGUCACCUCUUGACCCCCAGGAGAGGAGACUUCUGGCGUAUUUCAAGGGUGUGGUGUCUGAGCAGGACCUCCAAGUAGUACCUACGCCUCAGCUCUACUACUCCUACGCCUCCUACGUAGGAUUCUCCCAGGGAUCACAGGGUAAGUGUAGCCUGCUGUAUCCUCAGUGUCCGUACUCAGCCAAGACCAUGAUGGAGGUCUUCAAGACUGUGUACUCCAGGAUGAAGAGGACCUUCCAAGACUUCCUUCAACCCAGCUACUGA